AUGGGAAAGCUAAGAGCAAGAGUAUCUAAGGUGUGUGAUUUUCGCAAAAGGAGAAAAGUUAAAUGUGAUUUGGGGAACCCGUGCUCCACGUGUAUCAAAUACAAGAGAAGUCCCUGUGUCUAUUCGGAACUUUUGGGAAAUGAAGAUGUGGAAUAUGACGAACCGAGAAGAAAGUAUGUUGUAAAGAAUGAACCCGUUACCGAUGUGAGAUCCAGUGUUCCCAAAUCUUUGUUCUCACCAAAGACAUCUUCCAAUGAGCAGCCAACAGUAUACUCAUCCAAGCCGUUGACACCGGAUGGUGCCAGCAUAGAUAUGGUCCACGAUGAAUUGUCGUUUCUCAAGCUGAAGCUACAGUCCUUGGAGCAACAAUUGACCACGCAGCAGGCACCACAAGUACCCUCGGACCCCUGGCAACUGCAACAACUGCCAUUACUAGUUGCACCAAAGCAAUCCCCUGAGGGAAAAAGUCCUACAUUCUCACCUUCUGAUCCCAGGUUUUCCCUGAUUUCCUCCAUGGAUCUAUACGGCUUCAAUCCUAUUGAAUCUGAAAGUGAAUGGAUCAAUUUCACCACCGGUUACAACCCCACGCAAAACCGAGAGCCAGUCAGUAGAAAACAUUAUGGCCCAUUAUCAUGGGUCACGUUGUUGAAGAUUGACAAUGCAGUUGCUGCAAUCUGGUCUCACAUGGAACAAAUCAAGAAACAAUACAAAGUGCGUACUGGGACCCACUUCAUCCCUCCGCAUGACAACACAACACAAGCUGAGAAAGAUUUUUCUGAAAAGGCUUACAAAGAUGAUGGGGAACAUGAUGUAAAGUUGUUUAGAGAAACCGAAGUCAAAGUGAGUUCCAAAAAAGUUGUUACUCAAGAAGAAUUGAAUGAAAAGGCAAAGUCUUUGGGAUUGUCAUUUUAUAAAGGGGGCUUGGACGAAGAAUUGGAGCUAGUUGAAAAGAUUAGGUUGGUGUUGCCAAAGCAAAACGUGCUUUGGAAGUUGUUUGACAGAUUCUUUACCCAUUUGUAUGUGGCUAUGCCUUUGAUUGACCAAGCUGCUACGAAAGAACAAUUGCAACGACUCAUUGGGCCAGAAGAUUACCAGGACAAAAGCGUUACUGUGAAAGUCGAAAAGAAGUUGGACUUUGCGUACUUGGGACUAUUGUUGAUCUUGAUAAGAUUCAGCUAUAUAUCACUCUUUUCCCACGACUCCACCAUCAAUGAGGUGAAUUUCAGAACAAACAAUCCUGAGCCAAAAGCUCAACUGAUCAAAUUCUUGUUGAAUAACCCCAUUGACAUUGACGUUAUUGAUGUUGCUCAUUUAUGCUUGAACCAAUUUGAUAUGAUGAGAUGCGGCAACAUGGCAAUAAUGCAAUUGGCUCUAAUGACGAGAAUUUACCAUUUGUACGCACCAGAACUAGGUGAUGGAAUUGAUGGUGGUGAUGGGACUGUAUUCAAUGCCACUUUGAUCCAAAUGGCAAGGGCACUAGGUCUUCACCGUGAUCCUGAUAUGUUUCCUGAGUCCUUCAAAGAUGCCAGAGAGAACAAUUUGGUGAGGAAGAUUUGGUAUUAUGCAUUGAUACUUGACUUCAACACUGCAAUGAAUGAAGGGGCUCCAACGUCGGCAAAUUUUGACUCCUUUGACACCAAGUCUCCGCUUUACGUUCCUGGUUGUGAGAAUGUUGAUGACAUUGAGGUUGAAAAGAUUGCAUGUUCUUGUUUCCCAAGCUUUGAUUAUACUUACAAACCAAUGAGUGAAAUGUUUUCAACUGUGUUCAAUGUGAGAUCGGGUGUUAGUAUGGCAGAUUUCGUUAAUAGAAUGGACUUUCUUGAAACAUUCUUCAAAGAGAGGUAUUGCGAUGUUCCCAAAGAGUACACUACUGCUUAUGAUGGUUCCAACGACACGAUGCCCAGAACUUUGAAAUUGAAGAUUUACUUUACUGGCACUUUCCAUGUCGCCUCGAUGCAUUUCCACAUAUUCAAUUACUAUGAGAGAAAGAAGAAUACACAAUUGGCAUACUUUUACCUUAAAAAGAUUGCCCUGGUUAUUGUGCACGAUGUCAUGCCUUGUUUCAUUGAAUGUAUUCGACACAAGAAGAAUAUUUUCAAAAGUUCAGCGGAUAUGAUGACAAGUCCCAGUUUUAUCACUGUUGCUCACAAGUCGUUGAUUAUGUUGUUUUCAUUCCAUUUAAGACUCAAGUACUGGAUCUAUGAUUUGCAAAAGAGAUUUGACCACAAUUCCAAAAUGAGGCUGUUUGAUCCUGCAGAUGAGGAGUAUAAAGCCAAGUACCUAAAAUUGGUCCACUUGGAUGAUUUGGUGGAAAGAUGCAUUGGACAUUUCCGUGACGGAGUGGCCCGGUUAUCUCAAAGGUACUAUUAUGCUUGGCGGGUGACCAAGGCGCAAAAUUUCCUCAAGCUAGUUUUGAAUGAUAGUUUUUUCGAGUCGUACCUGCCUGCAUUCACUACACGGCCAUUUAGCUCUGAAAUGUUGACUCAAUUGGAAGAGCUUUUUGAGGUGUCUUUGGAUAAAGUUGAGCAAAGUUUGAGUCAGAACAAGAGGAAGAAUAAGAAACGGAAAUCAAAUGACUCUAUGAAGCAACAGCAGCAGCAACAGCAGCAUCAACAACGGCAACAACAGCAACAACAGCAACAGCAACAACAACAACAACAGCAACAACAGCAACAGCAGCAACAGCAGCAACAACAACAAGUUGAUGAUGUAGAUGAUGAUGAUGAUGUCUCAAUUGAGGAAGAGUUGAAGAAUAACGUCAAAUCAUUCAUGAAUGGUAAUGUUAAUAUGAGAAAACAUGAAAACUCAAUCAGCUCCACAGGAUCAACAACUUCGGACAGCGAAUUUAAGCCGAAUGAACAGAUUGAUACGAUCUGGCUACAAAUGAUGAAUAUGAAGAAUAACAACGUGGAUCCUAUGUACAGGUCCUAUGAUCCCACCAUGAACCAAAUGUACGGCGCGACUCCCUCCUUUUUCAAUCAAAUGGAUGGUAGUGGCGGUGGCACUGGUGAUGGUAAUGGUGGUAUUCCUUUCAGUCCUGGAGUCCUUGGUGCAGGACUAGGAGGCGGUGCCAGUUUCAGUGCUGCAGGAGUCACCGUUGGCGCAGGCGUCCAAGGUGGAGGAUACAAUCUGUUUGAUUUUGGUGCUGGAGAGAUGUUUGAGAAUUUCCCCGUUGAUGAGCUAUUUAAGGAUGUUUUAUAG